CCGGGCAGGCGGGGCGGAGAAAAUGGCGCUGCCCCCCGCCGGGGCCCUCGCGCCGCCGCCCGAUUUGCAGCAGCUGUCGGCACUGCAGCAGCCCGAGCCGAGCGGGGUCCCGUUGCACUCCCCCUGGACCUUCUGGCUCGACAGAUCGCUCCCUGGUACCACCGCAGCGGAGUGUGCAUCCAAUCUGAAGAAAAUCUACACAGUACAGACAGUGCAGAUAUUCUGGAGUGUAUACAAUAAUAUUCCUCCUGUGACUAGCCUGCCUUUGAGAUGUAGUUAUCAUUUAAUGAGAGGAGAGAGGCGACCACUUUGGGAAGAGGAGAGUAAUGCCAAGGGAGGCGUAUGGAAGAUGAAAGUUCCCAAGGACAGCACGUCCACAGUUUGGAAAGAGUUAUUAUUAGCGACUAUCGGGGAACAGUUCACAGACUGUGCCGCUGCAGAUGACGAAGUCAUCGGAGUUAGUGUCAGUGUUCGGGACCGAGAAGAUGUCGUCCAAGUCUGGAAUGUAAAUGCCUCUUUAGUGGGCGAAGCAACCGUUUUAGAAAAGAUCUAUGAACUUCUGCCACACAUAUCUUUUAAAGCAGUAUUUUAUAAACCCCAUGAAGAGCAUCAUGCUUUUGAAGGUGGACGUGGAAAACACUAAUUGCACUCUGUAAAGAAUUCUUUGUCCUUUGCUGAUUGGUUUUGGAAACGGUCUUAACAGGAGGGAGAGUGAAGAGAAGACUUGCCGAAGCCUGUUGCUGGUCAAUGUAGAGUGGGUUUCUGUCCGUGCAGACUGGCCAAUUAGGACUCAAAGUGGCAGGUGGGGUGGGGGAGAUUGUGUGGGUUUCUACCAUCACAUGACUUGCUUUUUUACAUUUUUAGUUUUUGGCUUUCUAAAUUCUCUGUUCUUUUUCAUCCUUUGUUUUUUGUUUUUUUUUUUCCCUCUUAAAUUUCUCAUACAGUCUAAUUAUUGUUUUCUACACUCCCCUUUCAUUGAGGCACAAGAAAUUGGUUUCCCUUUAAGCAGCUCGGCUGUACCUAGUUCAUGAGAAUAUGCAUAAUCAUGACAAUACUGCUUUUGAAAAGCAACACUGUACUCUAGGAAUUGUAGCUUGGUGAAACCUGUCUUCUGAUUAUUUAUUGUGACACAUUGCUACGUACUCUGCAACAGACAGUGUUCUUUUCUGGCCCAAGGAAAAGAAAAACUGUACUUAAACUGAUUUUGCACGAAAGCACACACAUCUUUUUCCUUUAUGAGGCGUUAUUUAUUUAUUUUUUAGAGAUGAAAGGACACCACUAGAUGGGCUGCCUAACAUUAACCUAUAAUCACAGUUGACUAUUAAGAUAGAAAUCAAAUCUAGUGUCGGAGAGACAACACAGCAGAUAGGGUGCUUGCCUUGUGUGUGGCUGACCCAGGUUUAAUUUCCAGAAUCCCUUUUGAUUUCCCAAGUAACACCAGUCCUACUUCCUGAAUAUAGAAAUAGGAGUAAACCCUGAGCAUCACUGGGUCUGACCUAAAAAUAAAACAAAAAAAGAAAAAAGAAA